AGACCUAGGCCCAAAAUAAUACGAGGCUGAUCCUGAUGAUAGAGCCCGUAAGCUGAAUAAAAAAACCAAACCCUAAAGAGGGAACCUUAUUUAUAAGCAAAGGGCAAAGCCUCACUUCCGUCUCUUCUUCAUUUUUGCCGCAGCUUCAUCUUCCUAGCAGGUAAGUUUCAGACAACUUAAAGAUGGGGCGUGUCCGAACCAAGACCGUGAAGAAAUCAUCUCGCCAAGUCAUCGAGAAGUACUACUCUCGCAUGACACUCGACUUCCACACGAACAAGAAGAUCCUCGAAGAAGUCGCCAUCAUCCCUUCGAAGCGUCUCCGCAACAAGAUCGCUGGAUUCUCCACCCAUUUGAUGAAGCGUAUCCAGAAGGGACCGGUCCGUGGCAUCUCGCUCAAGCUUCAAGAGGAAGAGCGUGAGCGCCGCAUGGACUUUGUCCCCGACGAGUCUGCUAUCAAGACCGAUGUGAUCAAGGUCGACAAGGAGACUCUGGAGAUGCUUGCUUCCCUUGGCAUGUCUGACACUAGUGGCAUCUCUGAAGUCGAGCCACAGGCUGCACCUACUUUCAGCAGGCCACCAAGAAGGUUCUGAGGAGUUUAUUGUUAUUAUUAUCAGUCGAAUCAAAAGAGAAAUCUUUAGAUUUGGCUGUUUUUGUUUUGAAGUUAGGGACAAAAGACUUGCUGUUCUUGAAAUGUUUAUUGUUGCUUUUGAUUCGAGAUUUAUGUCCUGAACUGAAAGUUACACUCUCUUUUUUAUUCCAUGGUUUUUAAGUUUUGAUGAUC